AGCAAUUGAAGCAGCAAGAUUUAAAUUUCUGGACAGGUAGACUAUCUUCACCUCAACCAAAAUAUCCACCAAAAAAAAUAAAAGUAAACUCUCACAAAGAAGCCACCAUAUCAAUCGUCUCUCACACUAGGUUACUUACUUACCUCCCCAGCUCCCUACUCUAGGUAUCUACCUACCUAGUCUAAUACCUAAUAUUUAACGUGUUCUUACACCACUCUAUAAUCGAUCAUGCUCGGCACCCUCGUAGGCCUCGCCAUGCUCGUGGCCGCCUCCGUCGUGUUUCUGUACUACUCGCUCUGGACGUUGGCAAUGCCCUUCGUCGACUCAGACCACCCCCUGCACGCCUUCUUCCCCCCGCGCGUCUGGGCCAUCCGCCUGCCCGUGAUCCUCGUCCUCCUCGGCUGCGCCGUCGUCGGCUCCUUCCUCAGCGUCGUCAUGAUCCGCAGCAACCGGAAGAAGGCCGCCAAGGCCAAGGCUGCCGCUUCCAAGAAGAAGGCGUAGAUGAAUAAAUCCGUUUUUUUUCGUCUGUCUGUCUGUCUGUCUGUCUGUCUGU